AUGGCGCCUGCACUGUCUGUCUCGUCGCCAGCGUCGUACAGCCACGCACGGUCCAAGCGGUGUGUCAUUGGCAUCCACGGGUCGUGGUAUGAUGUCACUGACUUUAUCCCACAGCACCCGGGAGGCGACUUGCUGUGGAAGUUUGCCGGCUUGGACGCCACCGAGGUCUUUGUCAGCUUUCAUCCACGCGGCGGCGUGCUGAAGCAGGUUGCCGGGUGCAAGGUCGGCUCGUACACACGGACUGCUGACCCAGUCAAGACCGAGUACGCCCGCAUGGCCCGGGCCUUUGUCAAGGCGGGCUUUCUCUCCACCUCGACCUCGUGGCUUGUCAUCAACCUCUCCCGUGUCGCUGCCCUUUUCGCCCUCAUGCUCUGGCUUGUGCUCUCGGCGAACCAGUUUGUGCUCGGCGGGCUGGCCCUGGCCCUGUUCUGGCAGCAGUGCGGCGGCUUUCUCCACGACUGCAUGCACUCGAACCUGACGUACAACAUGACGUUGGACGGGUGGCUGGGCUGGCUCUUUGGCACCGUCGCCAUCGGCAUCAACUCGGACUGGUGGAAGCGCGAGCACGAUCUGCAUCACGCGCUUGUCAACGCGUACACCACAGCGCCCGAGACGCAGUCGUCGUUUGCUCGCGACUAUGGCGUGCCAGACGCGGUUCUGGUCCACCCAGAGGAGACCGAGGCCGCCAAGUCGGUCCCGCCCGGCCCGUCGGAGGCCUCGUCGGCGGUGGAGAAGCGUGCGGCUGAUCUUGUGGAGCGGCGCCCGCGGUCGUCGUCGGACGCGCGGUCGUCGUCGCCGAGCUCGACACAGCCGCACGAGCUCGGACUCCCGGUCCUGCCGUUGGAGAAUCCGCGCAAUGUGGUGCAGGCAUACGCGGUCGACAUCCAGAUGAAGGAGGACAUUUGGGCGCAAGCGCUCGAUGUGUGGCUCCUCUCAUACCAACACAUAUACUUUCUGCCUGCUGUCUUCUUCCUUGGCCGCAUCGGCAUCCUCAUCAAUGCUUGGAAGCACGAGCGGACCGUUCGCCAGUGGUCCGGCUUUGUCAUCCACUUUGCCGCCACGGCGGUGCUCUUCAGCUACCUGCCGUCGUGGCGCGAUGUGGCGGUCUUUUACGCUACCGCUGCUGUUGGCGAGGGCGUCCUGCACAUGCAACUCAUCAUCAACCACUACAUCAACGAGUGGGGGCUCGACGAGAACGUCGCCCACGACUUUGUCCGCUGGACCUGCCAGGUCACCCACAAUGUGCCCUCGCCGCGCUGGCUUGACUGGUUCCACGUCGGCCUCCACCUGCACAUCGAGCACCACCUCUUCCCCAAGGUCGCACGCUGCCACUUCCGCGCCAUCCAGCCGGCUGUCAAGGACUUUGCCGCCAAGCACGGCAUGCCAUACCGCGAGCUGCCCUUUGCACGCACCCCCUUCGAGCUCUACCGCUCCUUUGCCGAGGGAGCCGCUUCGGUCUGCGCCGUCCCUGACCCUAUCCCUGACGCGGAGGAUGUCGCGCUCGUGGCCGAGUAG